AUGAAUUCGAAAGAAAUUUCUCGUUUAUCAACAAUAUGCAUAUGUAUUUCAUUUUUGUUUUUCCUUUUUCGAUGCACGUCUAGUCAGCCUUUAUCGACAAGUUUAUUGAAAUCUAUCAAUAAUAAUAAUAAUAACAAUAAUGAUAAUAUGUUUGCUGAUUUCAGUCGAAUGAGACCAUUACCAUACUCGAAUUCAGAUGAAUCGAAAUUUGAAGAGAAUGAUUCUGAAGUAUGGACACAAUUAUUGAAUAAACUUUUAGAAAUAUACAACGAACAUGAUCAAAAUAGUCGACCAAGUACAUCAUCACCCGUUCGUCGAGCAAACUUUUGGAAACGAUCUAAUUUUUGGCGUAAACGCGCCAAUUUUUGGUGA